ACACACACACACACACACACACUAAUACACACACUAACACACGCACACACACAGAGCGGCAUCUUUCUCCUCCAAGGUCGCGGCGCCGGGACGGGCACAGACGCACCUUUUAUUCCCCCUUUUGAAGCGUUGUCCAGGUCCGGCGAUGCCGCCCCCGGUCACUGGUCCCCCCGCCGUGCCCCCGCCAGACGGCGGCUGGGGCUGGGCCGUGGUGCUGGCCUCCUUCAUCUCCAUCGGCUUCUCCUACGCCUUCCCCAAGGCCAUCACGGUCUUCUUCAAAGACAUCCAGGUCAUCUUCGACGCCUCCUACAGCCAGAUCGCCUGGAUCUCCUCCAUCAUGCUGGCCGUCAUGUACGCCGCAGGCCCCAUCAGCAGCAUCCUGGUCAACACGUACGGCUGCAGGCCCAUCGUCAUGAUGGGCGGCUGCUUGUGUGCACUCGGCAUGACUCUGGCCUCCUUCUGCACCAGCGUGGUGCAGCUCUACCUCUGCAUCGGAGUCAUCGGGGGACUGGGCUUGGCAUUCAACCUGCAGCCAGCUCUGACCAUGAUCGGCAAAUACUUCGCCAAGAAGCGUCCUAUCGCCAACGGUCUGGCCAUGGCAGGGAGUCCGGUCUUCCUCAGCACCUUGGCGCCCCUCAACCAGUACCUCUUCAACCACUUUGGCUGGAGAGGAAGCUUCCUCAUCCUGGCCGGCCUGCUGCUCAACUGCUGCGUAGCGGGGGCGCUCAUGAGGCCGCUGGGCCCGCCGCCGUCCAAAGUGAAGAAGGAGGUGUGCGUGACCACGGUCACCAAGGAGGAGCGCAGCGCCUGGAAAGUUCUGAACAAGUACCUGGACCUGACGCUCUUCAGGCAUCGUGGCUUCCUCAUCUAUCUUUCUGGCAACGUGAUCAUGUUCCUGGGCUUCUUCGCGCCCAUCGUCUUCCUGGCGGCGUUCGCCAAGGACAUGGGCGUGGACGAGUACUCCGCCGCCUUCCUGCUCUCCAUCCUGGCUUUCGUGGACAUGUUCGCCAGGCCCUCCAUGGGUCUGCUGGCCAACUCGCGCUGGGUCAGGCCCAAGAUUCAGUACUUCUUCAGCUUCGCCGUGCUUUACAACGGCGUGUGCCACAUCCUGUGCCCGCUGGCCGAGACCUACACGGGCCUGGUGGUCUACGCCGUGUUCUUCGGCUUUGCCUUCGGCAUGGUGAGCGCCGUCUUGUUUGAGAGUCUCAUGGACCUGGUCGGCCCUCAGAGGUUCUCCAGCGCUGUGGGCCUCACCACCAUCGUGGAAUGUUGCCCCGUCCUCCUGGGGCCACCUUUAGCAGGCAAACUGGUGGACGUCAGCAAGACUUACAAGAGCAUGUACUUUUGCUGUGGGGCCGUGGUCAUCGUGGCCAGCGUCUGGCUCUUCAUCGGCAACUUCAUCAACUACAGACUGUUGGACCGCGAGCGCAAGCAGGCCCAGCAGUACACACCGGCCGGCACCGAAGACCCGGACCUGGUGGGGAAGGAGGCGCAGGGCGGGGCCAAGAAGCAGCCAGACCAGGAGAAAGACCAGGAGAAGGGCCAGGAGCCCAUGCAGAGGGAAACCAACAUGUGAAGAGAAGACCACCAGAGCUUCCCUAAAAAAAGGGUCAGCGAUGAUCAAUCCGAAGCCAAGAGGUGCCUCGUGGUGUUCCACCUGGCUCUGUCCGGGGUCCUCUCAACUCUUAACUGCCAAACCAACACACAUGCUGCUGAAAUUUAAACUAGGGAAAUUAUAUAUAUAUAUAUAUAUAUAUAUAUAUAUAUAUAUAUUUAUACACACAUAUAUGCUCAAUA